GAGCCAAUCGCGCGGCCCCGGCCCCUGCCAAUCACCGGCCUCCCUCCAAUCCCACCCGCGCACACUUCCCAAACUCGGGUGCCCCACCGCGCCGCUCAAAUGGGCCGAGCGCUCUGCCAAUCGCUGGAGGCCAGAGCGGCGAGAGGAGAAGGAUGGGAGCAGGCGCCGCCGACGCCGCCGCCGACAAAAGAAGAAGAAGAAGUUCGAGCGGCGCUUGAGCGCUCCAUGUUUGGCAGCGGAAAGGAGGAGGAGGAGGAGGAGGAGGAGGAGGAGGCGGAAGGGAGGAAGAGGAAAAGGAGGAGGAGGAAGGCCGGAGGGGCCCCCGCGGCGCUGGCCCAAGCCCGGGCCGCCCCCGCCCGGCUGCAUGGCGCCAUGGAGCCCGCGCUGAGCUGCAAGAGGAGCCCCGGCUUGCGCGGCGGCGGAGGCGGCUUCCAGGCCUUGCUCCCGGGAGACUUGGGCUCCUCGGCGCCUUUCGGGCCCGAACACGUGGCCGCGGGGGCGCUCCGGCUCAGCCCCGAAGCCUCCUUCGCGUCUUCUUCUUCUUCCUCGCACUCCCUCGGAGUUGGCAACAGCAACCCUUACUCGGCAGCGGCGAGCUCUCCCAUGUUCAUCUCCUCCUCCUACGGGGGCGGCGGGGAUCCCCCUUCGGCCGCCUUCCCGGGCCUCCACGAGCACCCCACGGGCGCCCCGAGUGGGCCCCACCCGCCGCCGCUCAACGGGCAGAUGCGCCUGGGGCUGGCGGUGGCAGCGGCGGCGGCAGCAGCAGCGGCAGAGUUUUACGGCCGCGUCGAGCCCUUCCGACCCUCCUCUGCAGCAGCCUCCGAAGCUUCUCCUUAUGCCUAUCCGGUCAACUUGGCCGCCGCGGCAGCUCUGCAACAGCAGCAGCAGCAGCACUCCCACGCGCCCUCCCACCAGCACCACCAGCCCCACCACCACCCCCCCGCCUCCGCCACAGCCUCCGCCGCCGCCUUCCUGCGCUACAUGCGGCAGCCCAUCAAGCAGGAGCUGAUCUGCAAGUGGGUCGAGCCCGAAGGCCCCUCUCCGCCGCCCAAGAAGUCCUGCAACAAGACCUUCAGCACCAUGCACGAGCUGGUCACCCACGUCACGGUGGAGCACGUGGGCGGCCCCGAGCAGAGCAGCCACGUGUGCCUCUGGCAGGAGUGCCCCCGCGAGGGGAAGCCCUUCAAGGCCAAGUACAAGCUCAUCAACCACAUCCGCGUCCACACGGGAGAGAAGCCCUUCCCUUGCCCCUUCCCCGGCUGCGGAAAGGUCUUCGCCCGCUCCGAGAACCUCAAGAUCCACAAGAGGACGCACACAGGGGAGAAGCCUUUCAAGUGCGAGUUUGAUGGCUGCGACAGGAAGUUUGCCAACAGCAGCGACAGGAAGAAGCACUCCCACGUCCACACCAGUGACAAGCCCUACUUCUGCAAGGUGCGGGGCUGCGACAAGUCCUACACGCACCCCAGCUCCCUGCGGAAGCACAUGAAGAUCCACUGCAAGUCCCCGCCGCCCUCGCCCACGCUGGGCUCGCACGGCUACCAGCCCACGGGGACGCCCCUGGGGGCCGCGCUCUCCCCGCUCCAGCGCCCGGCCAGCCUCUCCUCCCCACCGGUCACCAACCUCAACGAGUGGUACGUCUGCCAGGCCGGAGGGGCGCCCAACCACCUCCACACGCCUUCCAGCAACGCCACCUCCGAGGAGGAGGAGGAGGAAGAAGAAGACGAGGAGGAGGAAGACGAGGAGGAAGAAGACACUUAUAGGCACUCUGAGGCCAGGACGAUUCGUUAGGACUGGGAAGGAGGUAGAACUGACUGCGGGGAUGGCAUCCGGUGCCAUCUUGGUUCACUUGGGCUAUUUAUUCCUUUAUCUAUGAAACCCUAUGGUGUUUGUACAUGUAACUAAUUUAAUUAAGACAUUGGACUUGCCUCUUUGGAAGCUGUGUUUGAUGAAGGAAAAGGACACAAACCAAGCCGGACAGUCAAAGUGGCCCUUCCACCUUUCUCUCUCUCUCCCCAAACUGCAAGGAAGGGGGCAAAGGGAUAUUUUAAGGGCCCUUCCACACAGCCCUCUAUCCCAGAAUAUCAAGGCAGAAAAUCCCACAUUAUCUGAGUCCACACUCAUUAUCUGAGUCCACACAACCCAGUUCAAAGCAGAUAUUGUGGGAUUUUCUGUCUUGAUAUUUUGGGAUAUAGGGCUGUGUGGAAGGGCCCUAAAUUCAUACUCAGAUAAUAUGGGAUUUUCCGACUUGAUAUUCUGGGAUAUAGGGCUGCUUGGAAGGGCCCUCUGUGUGCAUCGCUCAAUCUGUAGUUCAUGCAUUCGACCAUUGAUUGCAAUUGUAUGCCCCAAAACAAGGCCAAUAAAUAUGGCUUGUGAAUGUAAUUAGAAAAAUAAUGGGCCUUCUCUAUCUAUGCCAGGUGUCAUCCUUGUAAGCUAGUCUGCAGAUUUCUUGAAAGGUACGUCCUUCUCUGGGCGCUUCCAGACAGCCCCAUAUCCCAGAAUAUCAAGGCAGAAAAUCCCACAUUAUCUGUGUGUGGACUUAGAUAACCCAGUUCAAAGCAGAUCAUGUGGGAUUCUCUGCCUUGAUAUUCUGGGAUAUGGGACUGUGUGGAAGGGCCUGAAGACAGGCAUGGGCAAACUUGGACCCUCCAGGUGUUUUGGACUUCAACUUCCACAGCCUCAGGCCCCUUCCUUUCCCCCCUCAACACCUUCCUUUCCCACCUCAGCAGCCUGAGGCUGUUGGGAAUUGUGGGAGUUUGCAUGGGCAAACUUGGAGGGCCCAAAUUUGCCCAUUCUUUUUCUAAGCCUCUGCCCCAUCAUGACCACCUAGGAAGCUACCAUCUGAUUAUUUCUAUCCAAAAACUGUAUAUGCAUAAGAAUGUAUAUGGACAGUGAGUGCACUGCCUUUGCAUUUGUUUUUUCCCCAACUGAAAAUGUAAACAUGGUAUUUGAGUUACAGACAGCAUCACAUUAAACCCAUGUCCAAACUAGUGUGCACCCUUACAGAUCAAGGCUAUAUUAAUAUGCUAACUUGGAAGAUGGGUCCAUUGUUUUAAAUGGAGCUCAAUUCCAACUAAAUGAACUUGGGAGGUGAUAGAACAAGCAGAAUGGGAUUUUCACACACACACAAAAAACACCUCUUGAAUAGUCUUUCUUUUGCCCACCUAAACUAUACAUGUUUCUUAAAAGCAAGGCCACUUCAAUCUUAGAUGUCUCAAUUGUUUUAAUCUAACUUUUUUUUAAAAAAAUAUCCCAACCUUUGAGCUGAAUGAAAAAAUAAUAGCAGCUUCUGUGUGUCAAUACUAAUGCUGCACCAAUAUUGACAUGAGGGGGACAAGAGAGAAGCCUCCCACAGGAUGGUCAAACAUCCAGAAGUCCCCUGGGCAAAAGUCCCUGCAGACAACCAACUCUCUCACACCAGAAAUGACUUGCAGUUUCUCAAGUUGCUUCUGACAUGGUAAAAAAACAUGAAUUUAUGGUAUACUGAAUGCAUUUGGUCAACUGACUUAAAUAUCAUUUCCAAGUGAGAUUGUGAUACAUGUUUUCCCCCCAUAAACAUAAAUGAAAAUAUCGGUCUAGUGAGAUGUGUAGCAAAAGGCCACAUCUUCCUUAUGAAGGAGUCACAUUGAAUCAGAGUAAAUUGGAUUUCUGAGUACGCAAUAUUUGGGAAUGAAGCCCAGCUCUAGCGUUAGGUCAAAGUGUUGUGUGAACUUCACAGCUGUGGUGUCAAAGCUUCCCUCUUGAUGCUGGGGUGACACAUAUUCUCUGGAAGGUAUUAUUUUUACUCUUCCACUUUUACACCCUUCAUGUAUACAAAUGGUUUUAAAAAUGACUUCUAUAUCCCGCCUGCCCAGGCCAGUUUCUGACACCCUGUUUUGUAUGCAAUGUACCAAUGACCAAAGUGUCUUGUGGUUUUAUUUUGGUUUCCUUAAGGGAGAUAACUUGUCAUAAAUGUAUACAAUGAAACAGUAUGGCAAGGGGAACUGCGCAGUAGAUCUGCCAAGAGACUAAAGAGAGAGGACAUGCAAACAUGACCAUUUCUGAUGCAGUCAGUGCAACAUAUGUCACAUGCAAAAUGCUGGUUUAUCAUAAAAACUUUACAGAUUACCUUAAGGCCACUAAGUUAUCCUCAGAGACCACUGAAUAUGUAACUGGUUGCCUGUCUAUUCCCAGAACUUGUAGAAAUGUAUGGGGAUUUUUUUACAGUCUGUGUUGUGAUACGUAGUCUUGUCAUCUUUAUAAAUUGUAUGUGGAAGUGAUUUAUUUUGUACAACUGAAUUUUAUUUAUUUUUUUCAUUUUUAGAUGUGAGACCUCCCCCUCCUCCUCCAUUUCCCUCAUGCUUUUCUGUUUGCCAAGUACAGAGCACACCAAAGAAAAUUAUUAUUAAUUUUGGUGAUAGGUUGUCUAUACAUUCUGUGGUUGCUUUUCGGGGUCGGCGGGGGAAGUCAUUCUCAUUUUCAGGUUACUUGAAUGAAUAAUGUAAUGUGAAAAACAGGUCCUUCCUGCAUGUCUCCUGUGCAGUGUGUUGGUGAUUCAAUAUAGUUUAUAGAGAUGUUUCUUAGUACAGUGCAUGGUGCUGUCUCAUCUGGAAGCCUUUACAUGUCCCGAUCAUCCUGUUAUACGACAGGGGGGAAAAGACAUUUCUUUUAUCCACUAUAUCUAUAAAUAUAUAAAUGAGAACUUGAAAUACAAAACAGGUUUAAAUUGUUUUGUUUCUUUUUCAUUCCUUGUACAAAACCCAUUCAAAUGAUGAGGGGGAAAAUACAGUCAUGUAAAAACACAAGCCUAAAUUCUGUGUUUAGUCCUACCUAAAGUAGACCCAUUGAAUUCAUAAAAUGUACCUAUCAGCCCUCGGUGGUGCAGCUGGUUAAAGCUCUGAGCUGCUAAACUUGCUAAGUGAAAGGUGGAUGGUCUGUAGAAUGGGAUGAGCUCCUGCUGUUAGCUCCAGCUUCUGCCAACCUAGCAGUUUGAAAAUAUACAAAUGUGAGUAAAGUAAUAGGUACUACCCCAGUUGAACUUGCUGACCAAAAGGUUGGCGGUUCGAAUCUGGAGAAUGGGAUGAGCUCCCACUGUUAGCCCUAGCUUCUGCCAACCUAGCAGUUCGAAAACAUGCAAAUGUGAGUAGAUCGGCAGCUUUGAGGUGAACAACUGCCGGCUCUUCUGCUUAGAUAUGGAGAUGAGUACCACCACCCCAAAAUUGGACACAACUAGACUUUAAUGUCAAGGGAAACCUUUUCCUUUACCUACCUAUGUGUUGACUUAUCUUUCAAUAAUUAAUUGAAAUAAUCUACUCUAUUUGGGAUUAAGCAACAGAAUCCCAGCCAUGAAUUCUAAAAGGGUAAAUAAUGUAUGCUUUGCCAAGUUGUUGUUUUAAAGGGGAAAUAGUUUAAUUGAUACAUGUUCUUCUCCUGCCCUCCUCUCUACAAAAUAGAUUGCACUAUCCACCUCUCCUGUUUUGUUUAAUGUGAAACAUCUUCAAAGAAAUACAUGCACUUGGAAGUACUUGACUUGAGUGAAUUUACUUGCAAGUUUUGGUGUUCAUUGUUUGGAGGUGCCCAGAGUAGAGACUCUGCCAUGGCUUUUAUCUCAUUUUUUUAAACAUACAAUACCUCCUUCAUAUCUGUAAACAUGGCCACAAGAAAGCAAGAAGGGUCAAAGUGAAAUAAAAAUAUUCUUCUUAUA